AGUGCCGACCAGCUGCGGUCACACCAAAGUGGGAAUUCUGUUUUAUUUUUGGGGAAUUCACUGAAAUCCCGCCGUGCCUUAUCGCUUGGUUACUUAAUCCUUUGAAUUGCGUUCAUAUAUAAUAUUAAGAAUAACCAGCGUAGAAUGGUCUACGGAAACAUAAUGCUAGCCGUGGGCGUGGUCCUGGUGUCCUUUGUCGCGGCCGUUUACUUCAACAGGCCCAACGACCAACAAGCUCCUCCACAUCGCCAACGCCAUCGACGAGAUAAGGACGGGGAUGUCCACAGUUCAGUGUCCACCAGCGGGGUAUCAAAGGGACGGCGAUUUGUGCGCAGCCGGCCGGGGGAUAGGUGCUCCGUGUGUCUGGACGAAAUGAAUCAUGACGACAUGCAAUACAUGAAUUGUGAGCAUGCUCUGCACAAGGACUGCUUCCUCCAAUUUCUCAUUUGUCGUAGAAACUGCCCUGUCUGCGAUAAGUUGGUUAAUUUCAAUCUACCCGGCGACUCGUGCGCGAUUUGUUUGGACCCACUAUGUAUACGCACCAUGACGCAUGUGAGCUGCAACCAUGCUUUUCAUGAGAAGUGCCUCAAUGAGUUUAUGGCAACGGGUUCCCGCAACUGCCCGGUCUGCAGAAUGAAAAUUAAGGCAGAAUUUAGGAGAACGUAAAAGGUGAUCCACACACAAUCAUAUAUCAGCAUAAACAUGUGCUAACGAUGUACCAACAUAAGGAAACAUAUAAGCAAUCGAAGUCUGUUGUACAAUUUAAGUCUCAAAUCUAAAAAACGUUUGUAUUGAGUUAUCGCAUAUUUAUGUAUGUAUAAUUCCAAUAAAUAUAUUGGGUAAACUUA